AUGGAUUUCUAUGGCAGGAAAUCUCUCUUUAGCUUCAUAGCUGAAGAAAAUGCACCACACUCACCUGUUCACCCUUCCACUAACAUAGCCUACCAAGAAAUGAACGACCAAGAGCUUCAAUUUAGCCCUCCAAGGCCUUCUACCACUCAUUCCAGCAUGCUUACCCUAUUACCGCCAUCUAGCCCAGAAUCACCAUGGACACUCUCUCCUAUUCGUACCCCAUCACCGUCACUUCUCUACCAUUGCAUAGCCUCUCUUCAUCGACAUGAAGGCAACAUUUACUCUAUAGCUGUCUCAAAAGGAAUAGUUUUCACUGGCUCUGAAAGCAACCGUAUUCGUGCAUGGAAGCAACCGGAUUGCAUGGAAAGAGGUUAUCUCAAGGCAAGGUCCGGUGAAAUCAGAGCCAUUUUAGCUUAUGGUAACAUUCUUUUCUCUGCACAUAAAGACCUUAAAAUCCGAAUUUGGAACUUCGCAGUUUCGGAGAAUUUUCGAGCCAAAAAGGUCUUUACAUUACCUAAAAGAAGCUCAUUUCUUAUGUUUCCCAAACCUAACACUCAACAACACAAGGAUUAUGUUUCUUGCAUGGCUUAUUAUCAUGCAGAAGGACUUUUAUACACUGGCUCAUACGACAAAACAGUUAAAGUUUGGAGGGUCUCCGAUAAAAAAUGUGUAGAUUCAUUUGUUGCUCAUGAAGAUAUUGUCAAUGCUAUAUUGGUGAACCAAGAUGAUGGCUGUCUUUUUACAUGCUCCAUUGAUGGAUCGGUUAAAAUAUGGAGGAGAGUAUAUAGAGAAAACUCUCAUACUCUCACCAUGACACUAAAAUUCCAACAAUCACCUCUAAAUGCCUUGGCCUUAAGCUCAUCUUUCAACAAUUGCUUUCUCUAUUCAGGGUCAUCAGAUGGUACCAUAAAUUUCUGGGAGAAGGAGAGAUUUUCGGGUAGAUUUAACCAUGGUGGAUUCUUACAAGGGCACCGUUUUGCAGUUCUUUGCCUAGUAGCUAUAGAGAAGUUGCUGUUUAGUGGCUCAGAGGAUACAACAAUUAGGGUUUGGAGAAGAGAAGAAGGAAGUUGUUUUCAUGAAUGUCUAGCUGUAUUAGAUGGACAUAGAGGACCAGUGAGGUGUCUGGCUGCUUGUUUGGAGAUGGAAAAAGUUGUGAUGGGAUUUUUGGUUUACAGUGCAAGCUUGGACCAAACUUUCAAAGUAUGGAGGGUUAAGGUUAUGCCUGAAGAGAAAAGGUGCUUGGAUUAUAGAGAAGUCAGUGAUUCAAGGUCAAAAGUGAUGGAAUACGAGAUGAGUCCAGUCCUGUCUCCUUCAUGGGUAAAGAAGAAACUUAAAGGAGACUAUUUCCAAUAG